CAGUAGUGAAUGCUGCAGUGUUUACCACAAGUGCAAGUCACUGACUACUACUGCUGCUGCUGUCUUAUUUACUGCUGUUUCUGCUGCUCCUGCUGCUCUACUCCUGUCCUCCCGCUGACUAGUAUACUGUGCUCGCUCACUAGUACUCACUACACCAGCAUCAUGAGUCUAGAAUGCCUCAUUGGCGUCAAGUUCAACAACUUUGUGUUGAUGGCGACAGACAUGAGUCACCUCCAGAGCAUCAUGGUGCAGAAGUCCGAUGAUGACAAGAUGCUGGCUCUCUCCAAGAACUUAGUAAUGGCUGUAUCAGGAGAGGCAGGAGACACUACACAGUUUGCUGAGUACAUUGCUAAGAACAUUCAGUUGUACAAGAUGCGUAAUGGUUACGAGCUGCCACCCGCUGCUGCUGUCCACUUCACCCGCCACACACUGGCUACCCACCUACGUUCUAGGGAGCCGUAUUUUGUGAACUUACUGAUGGGUGGAGUUGAUCCGGACACCAAUAAAACGGAACUUUUCUAUAUGGACUAUCUGGCAGCCUCCAUCCCUGUCAAGUACUAUGCCUUUGGUUAUGGUGGUAUGUUCACCCUCUCUGUCAUGGACAAGGAGUAUACCCCCGACAUGAACGAGAAGGAAGCAUAUGAACUCUUGAAGAAGUGCGUGGCAGAGAUCAAGAGGAGAUUCAUCAUCAACCUUCCUAAAUUUCGAGUGCGAAUUAUUUCUAAGGAGGGCAUUAAGGACAUGCCACACAUUGUUGGCGAGGGGGAAGCAGCGUAGACCCGAAGCAGCGAUAUUGAUGUGUGCAUUUCACUGUUGCAGUGCCCUACAGGUUGAUAACACUUGGUAUGCACUUUACAACAUGAAAGCAAAGUGGUUGAAUGAGUUUAAGUUGUCUGGAAGAGGAUAGUGUAGUAUAUAUUUCUUACAGAAUUCAAAUUUUCAUCAUUGUCUUUCUCGAAAGAAUAAGUUAUAUUUCACAGCUAACCUGCUAUGUAGAGAAGAAACUUCAGAGAUUUUUGUCUGCUCUGGACUAUUGUGAAGUUCAGGACAGACCCAAAUAUCCAUCCUGGACCAACAUUAACUUCAGGAUGGACCCAAAAACCCAUCCUGGACCAACAUUGACUUCAGGAUGGACCAAAAAACCCAUCCUGGACCAAUAUCAACUUCAGGACAGACCCAAAGACCCAUCCUGGACCAACAUCAACUUCAGAAUGGACCCCAGCAUUUGUGAAAUUUGAUUUUUCCUGUAUUGUGUUGAUGUAUUGGUUGGUAAAUUUUGAAGGGUAUUCUGAAACCCACCUACUACUUUUUAUAAUAAAAUAAAAGUGAAA